AUGGCUGAGUUUCCCAGCUGCUGCUCCAUCUGGGCCCAAUGCUUCAACUGCCUGUAAAGCUUCCACUGGAGAAAAUCCCCCAAAGAAAGGAUGCCAACCAUCACGGUAGAGCUGAACCCAUAUAUUUGGUUUGGCCUGCUCUUUCUCACCUUCCUGCUCACCCCGGGUUGGCUGUACAUUGCGCUCAUUCUUCUCAAUGAUCUGCACAGCUUUAAUGACUUUAUCCUUCAGCGAGGAGGACACUGGAUGGACUAGUCUCUGGUCAUCUCUCUACUGGUCACAUAUGCAUCCCUGCUAUUGAUCCUGGCCUUGAUCCUACAACUCUAUGGACAACCUCUGCAUCUGCACAGUCUCCACAAGGUUCUGGUAAUGCUCAUUAUACUUCUUGUGGCCUUUGGCCUUGUAAUAUUGGACUCCAUCCAAUGGCAGCAGGAAUGGCAUAGUUUAUGUCUGUCUCUACAGGUAACCAUACCCCCAUUCCUUCACAAUGGAGCAGUGGCUGGAAUCACUCUCCUGGCCUUGUCUGUGGAUGAUACCUUCUACUGCAUCCAUGAAAGACGUCCCAGGAUUUUGCUACUGCUCCUAUUUUAUGGAGUUGCUCUGGCCAUCUACCUGGUCCACCUAUGUAUCUCCUCACCCUGCAUCAUGGAACCCAGAGACUCACCCCUCAAGCCUGGGAUGGUGGGACACAGAGGGGCUCCCAUGGUGUCCCCUGAGAAUAUCCUGGUGUCCUUGAGGAAGACAGUAGAAUGUGGAGCUGCUGUGUUUGAGACAGAUGUGAUGGUCAGCUCUGAUGGGGUCCCCUUUCUCAUGCAUGAUGAGCACCUGAGCAGGACCACAGAUGUCCUGAUCACAGGCCACAGCAGUGACUUCUCUUGGACUAAACUGAAGAGACUCAAUGCUGGAUCCUGGGAAUUGCACCAGGAUAAUGUCUCAGUGAACCUAUUUGUAGUAAACAAGCCAUGGCUCUUCUCUCUACUCUGCUAUACAGGGGUGGAUUCAGUCACCACCAAUGACUGCCAACUUCUGCCGCAAAUGCCAUUUCCCAUCUGACUUAUUCCCCCUCAAACCUACCUAGUGAUGUGGAUUAUCACCAGCUGCACCUCUACUCAGCUAUUUUUGUGGACCUUCCUCCUCCAAAGAUGUGCUAAGGAGAGAGAGAAGACUGGCUAAGAAACAGCAGUGCUUCUGGGAUCAACAGUUUUGUAA